CCGCAAAAUAAUUUGAUCCAUUUUUAUUGGUACAUCGAAGUCAUAUGCCCAUUACAGCUAAGAAGCAUCAUCGAAAGGAAAACCUUUUCUUGUUUAGUACGAGACACAUGCAAUGGAAAAUACAAGGCUUGAAAGUACAAGUGCGUCUUUUCGCCACAGAAUCGGAUGGGCGCGAGCUUUGCUAUCGGAAUAGGGGAAAAGUCGCUGAGGGUGAAGACUUCCGCUGUUUAGAAGCGAACCGUGUGCGCAGUCGGGGGCGUCCGCAGGGACUGUGAGCGCUGUAUCGGCACGAACACCCGCACGCAUACACACACCUUCGCCUUCUUUUUCCCAGACAUUACUCCGCAACCGGACUGUGUAAAUUUUGUAAAGGCUGAACUUUUAAACGUUUGCCAUAAAUAUGGCGAGUUUGAAGGCGUUUCAGGAGCAGACUGCUAAAGUCCUAAGGAAGGACCUUUGAUGCACUCAUGGGAAUUGGCAUGGAACUGAAGUAAAGUGCCAGAUACAGAUCAGAUCAUAUCUGAGCCAGUGGAGGACACUGAUCCCAGCAGCUUUGAAUCAAAAAUGUCCUUAAAAUCCACCCAUCCUGUUCAAGUCACGGAGCCUCAAGACCCAGUGACCUUGCAGCUAACGUCCAUGCCGCCUGGUUACCUGACACCUUCCUCUGAACGGAUACAGCAGCCGGUUGACAGUGGGAGCAAGUAUGUAUAUCCGGGAACAAUUUCAUCAGAUUUAUUCAAAGACCUGCAGUGUUCAAAUGGCUCCUGUGAGAAGUGCUGCUGCCUGGCACCCCCACCCAAGAUCAGUGACCUGAUGAAUGAUGAGGACCUUCUCUACACGCUACGUCUGAAGCUGGACCCCAGCCAUUGCACCAUCAAGAACUGGAAGAACUUCGCCAGUCGCUGGGGCAUGACCUAUGACGAGCUAGUGCUGCUGGAGCACCGGACACAGGGCUCCGCCCACAGCCCCACACAGGAGUUCCUGAGACGCUACAAUGAGAAGAGUGUCACAGAGCUGACCGAGCUGUGCCGAAUCUACCAGCGCAUUGACGUGCUGCGUGUGCUGCAGCGGUGGGUGGAGAAUGACUGGCCGUCUCGCUGGCAGAAAGCACAUUAGACUGUUAGCUGAGCUGGGCCCCAACUGUGGCCCUUAUCUCUAUAAACAGUGUGGUUUUCUCAUCAUUGCCACACUUUUGUUUUGGUUGCUGUUUAAUCAGAGGAGGACUGACCCUCUGGCACAGUUAUUCCUGUAGGUCACAAGCCUUGUGGUAACAUUGUCAGUGGUUUUUAUGGACUGACUGAGAACAGCAAACACACACAUCACCCUACAGAUGGAUUCUGCUUCCAAAGCGAGUGUAGACAAACACUCAAGGACGAGACUCUGCUAUUGACAUGUCUCUCCCACAACGUCAAGCUCCUUCCACUUGCAGCUCUGUCUUGUGCAGCAAUGUCACUCUUAUAAUCAGAACAGAGUGGGUUAUUCUGUGCAUCUUCUCCACUGGUGUCUUCAGUUGUAUUCUGGAUAAUUAGAUUACUGUGUUUCCUGAACUCUUUAAUUUGUGAGUGUUCUUAGUUUAUACAUUUGUGAGUGAUCACCGUAAGAUCAUGUUGGUUAUUAAUCAUUUGUUGACCCAUUAAAAUCAAUAAAGUGCACUACUGUCUAGGAA